AUGGCGUACCAACGGUUUGUCGAAGACGACGACAUGUUUUACGAGCCUGAUCAACCCACCCGCCCGUGGUUGGACGCGAAGGAAACAGCCAAGCUGUUGGCCUGGAACCGACAAGAGCUUAUUGGCAACGAACUGUCACGGCUAGCGAGCGAUGAGUACUUGGAAGACAUCAUGCAGCAUCUUAAACAGAUGGAGGAUGAGACGUUGCCCGAUGCCAAUCUUAUUGACUUGCAGCGCGAGAUCCAGUGGUUCAUGAGGCCAUAUCUCAUUGACUUCCUCAUCGAGGCCCAUGCGUGCUUCAACCUGCUCCCCGAAACCCUCUUCCUCACCGUCAACCUGCUCGACCGUUACUGCUCGAAGCGCGUGGUCUACAAGCAGCACUACCAGCUUGUCGGCUGCGCCGCGUUGCUGAUUGCGGCCAAGUACGGCGACAAGAAAGAGCGCGUUCCGCAAAUUCACGAGCUCAACAACAUGUGCUGUGGCCUCUAUGAUCCCGGCAUGUUCACGCAGAUGGAGAUGCACGUUCUCAACACCCUGGACUGGACCAUUGGCCACCCCACCGUCGACUUCUUCACCCAGCUUUUGGUCGCCGUCGAGAGGGAUGACACUGAAGUGGAGCAUAUGGCUGCCUACAUCAGCGAGAUUGCCCUAUACCACCGAGACUUCGUUUCGACCAAGCCUUCAGUAAUGGCCCGAUCUUCCUUGGCCUUGGCACGUGCUAUUCUCGGACGGCCAGAGGUUGCGGAUAGCGAGAUGGGACACGUUGAGAACGUUACCCUCAUCUCCCUGUCUCAACACUUGCACCAGCCCUCCAUCUCCCUCGCUAAGAAGUACUCUUCGACUCAGUUUUCGCGCGUAACCCACAAGCUCUCCGAGUUCAUGAGGCAACAGGCGGCUAUCUCAAGGAGGGCGGCUUCUCAGCCCGGACCUCAGCCGGUGCCCGCCGUCGUCGAGGAGUCCAGCAUCUAUGCUACACCUCACGGCAAGGGCGCUGCGGUGAAGGGCUUCGACGGUUACAUGACGCCUCCCAUCACACCCGACGGCGCUUGCUUCGAUAAUGGCAUGGGAAGGGAAUACGCCGUUCCUCCCCGAUGUCCAGCGACCCCAACUCCCCAAGGUCAUUCGCAAUCGAGGCAUUAUCCCAUGGCAAUGGACUACCAAUAA